GCGGUAGCAGCGAUGUAUAGCGGGGAGGCGGGAGCGCGCGCACAGACCGCGGAGAGGGAGCGCGCGCGCUCCGAAUCCACUCAGGCUGUGCCUCCUCGCGCGGCGAGCGGCGCAUCAACACGGACCGGAUCUCUGCGUCUCCUCUGAUUAUUUUUUUAUCCCAAACUCGCGGUUUUUUAGACCUCCGCUUAAUGCUUUAGAGAGAAUCCGCGUGCAGAAGUGAGAAAUUUUUAAGAGACAGUUUCGGGGCGGUUGCAAAUCCACUCGAGCGCUUUUCAUCACCUUUAUUUUGAGCACGCACAUACUUUUUCCCCCCACUCUCUUUUCUGUCUUUCUCUUGGAUCUAUCACCCGCGCGUUGUGUGCCGUCAUGUCGGUGCGGAGGAGCGCGUGCUGCUGGUCCCACUUGCACGCGACCCUGUUCCGACUGCUGUGUGUUCUUCUGCCCGCAGGCUUUCCCGCACGGAGCGUGGACGUUCAGCGCGCGACGGACAACAUCACCGUGCGCCAGGGAGACACAGCCGUCAUCAGGUGUUAUGUAGAUGACAAGGUGUCCAAAGUGGCCUGGCUUAACCGCUCCAACAUCAUCUUUGCCAGUGAGGACAAGUGGUCCCUGGACCCCCGUGUGGACCUGGUGACGAAGGGUCAGCUUGAGUACAGUCUGCGCAUUCAGAAGGUGGAUGUAUACGAUGAAGGGCCCUAUACCUGCUCCAUCCAGACCAAGCAGCAGUCCAAGACCUCCCAGGUUUACCUUAUUGUACAAGUUCCUGCCUACAUUUACAGAGUGUCUGAGGACGUCACGGUGAACGAAGGCAGUAACGUCACCCUUAGCUGUCUUGCUAACGGUCGGCCUGAUCCGUCCAUCACCUGGAGGCUGCUCAAUCCAUCAGCUGAAACCCUCGAUGUUGGCGAGUAUCUAGAAAUUUCUGGGAUCAUGCGCACUCAGGCUGGACGCUACGAGUGCAAGGCUAGCAACGAUGUCGCUACACCCGAUGUCAAGUACGUCAACGUGAUCGUGAACUAUCCGCCUUUUAUUAAAGGGGCUAAGAGCUCGGAGACGCCGGUGGGACGUCCGGGAGUUCUGCAGUGCGACACCACGGCGGUGCCCAAACCGGAGUUUGAGUGGUACAGAGACGACAAGAGGCUGUCGAACAUGCAGGGGAUUAGUAUUCACAUCGUUGGCGCUCGCACUGAGCUCAUUGUGGCCAACGUCACGGAUGAUGAUUACGGAAACUACACCUGCGUGGCCACCAACCGGCUGGGCACACACAAUGCUACUGUGUUUCUCUACAGACCUGGAACCGGGAGGGACAUCAAUGGCUCCGCCUCUGUGUGUCUGUCAGAGUGGCUCCUCCUCCUCCUUCCUCUCCUCUUGCCUCUACUCAAGUGUUAAUGCUCAGCGCUGAACUUCUUCACCACCACGCUCCUUAUCUCUCUCUCUCUCUUCUUCAUUCCUCCUCUCACUCUCUAACUCCCACCCUUUUCCUCUUUCCGUCAGACUGUUUGCAUUUCCAUUCAGCAUAAACCGUGCCUCGUUGCACGCAAAACUAGGUACACUUCCAAUUACAAAAGUUGAACAGCACGGGCUAGUCGUGUGCUUUAGUGUUGAAUUUUUUUCAAAAAUGAGGAUUUACCAGACCUGAAAGGAAGCAGCAAGAUGCUCUUUCUAAGCUAAAAUGUUAUCAUUUACUUGUUAUUUUCCUUGGUUUUGAUUGUCACAUUCUCUAAAUCUAGCAAGAGCUACAUAAUGCUAACUGCAAUGAAAUCGACCAAUUUGGUUAAAGUAACACAAAUUUGAAUACAUUUAACCACAAAUUCCCUUCAGCACAUGUCGAAUGUGUACCACGAACCGUCUAGCAUUAGAAAAAGGAAAUGAAGCUACAUCUAGACGACUUAGCCAUUAGUGCUUAGCAUCAUUGUCUGGGAAAGUAGCCAGUCAGUAACUUUCUGAACCUUUUCAAUCUUUGCUAAAUAUAUAAAAAGCACUUCAACCUCUCCUGACCUUUAUAAGCAGCUCAUUCAGUUUGGGCUAACCAGCUAGCAGAUAUGUAUACAUAAUGCCUGAUGCUAAAGCACUGAAAGGUUUCUAACUCUAAACUAAAACUUGUGGCAAAAAUCUAAUCAACCAGCCAGGAAUCUUUGCAUACAACAGGUCAGUGAAAAAGCUUUUGAAAUACACAAUACAGUAAACGUAGUGAUGCCUCACUUCCUGUUAGCAAACGCAAAGAUAGUGAGGUGGAUUAGCACGCUGCUGUGGAAUCGAAGCAGUUGAAUUUGAAAUGGAUUGGGAUUGUGAGAGCGACACAUUCUCACGACUACAAAUUCCUGAAUUCAAAGAUUGUGCAAGUGUCACAAGAAGCGGUCAAGAUCAGCGGCUAGCAAGCCAGAGGUCUAAGCCAGAGGUCUAAUUUUCAUAUGAAACGGCUCUUGCUAGAAUUUCCACAGCUAAGAGUUUGAAUGAAAAGGGAAUCUCUUGUUGCACUACUUGAACAACUGAAUCAAAAAAUGAGGGCAUGUGCCGAGAGAUGAUUAUUGUGAUUUUUUUUAUUUUAUUUUAUUUUUUUGGUGGUUGUUUUACUCCACAAGUUGUGACAUGUUGGGUGCCACUUUACUGAAAGCUUAUCGUCCUGGUCAUCAAACCAUUAUUUUAACCCAUUUUUGGGGGGGUGGGGGGUAAUUGUCACCUUCCGUAUCCAUUUGUGGAAAAUGUACCAUACUGCUAAUCUGUGUGUGACUUUUUUGGACUGAAAUGUACGACACCAAUGAAUGCUCUGCUUAUUAUUAUUAUUAUUAUUAUUAUUAUUAUUAUUAUUAUUAUCUUAAAAUAAUUUUCCUUUCUUUUUGUGAAUUUUUCAAACGUAAGCUUACAAAGCUGAUGUUCUUGGGUUUUUUUUUUUGUUUUUUUUUCAUGAUUUCAAUUAACGUUGUAUAUAUGUACUUGAAUCCAUUGUCCUUAUAUAUAAAUAUAAAUAUAAAAAAUAAUAUUAAUAUAUUAUGUCUAUGUUUCUUAAUAGGCUAGUGGAUUUGUCGAGGAUUAACUUGUAGCGAUGCAUCUCGGUGCACCCUGUAAGUACAACUGAUUAGGAGACAAAAAGAUUUUAAAUAUGGAAAAAAAAAUUUAAAAAACGCGAUACUGUAACCUCUCUGAUGAAAAUUUGAGCAACUGUACCUUUUGCGCUGAUCUUCAUAUGUUCUGUUUUUAUAUAGAAAGUAAUGAUUCCAGUGUUAAAAAAAAAAAAAAGAAAAAAAUUGAGAAAAGCUAUGCGCUUGUUGCCAAAAAAAAGAAAAAAGUAAGAGGAAGCUAAUGUGCUGUUCACGGUGAAUUAUAUAGCGUUUAUAAUUCUUUUUAAUUUCACUUACUGUUUAUGUUAACUAGGCUACGUUUGGCAUUUUUGUUUAAAUACAUCGUUGUAAUGUUUUUGCCUCCUUAACUUAAGUUGCUCUGAUGUGCUUACACUACAAGCCCCACCCACAUUGUGACUGACAGCGCUAUCUGCCAAUGAGCUGGGCCGAUGCUCUGUUAAUACGAGCAUGUCUCUCUCCCAAAUGCUAGAAUUCACAGCUAGUUAGCUCCAAAAUCAGAAACAAUACUUGGUCAGUAUUUUUUUAUAAUUACCCAUAAUGCAUUAAAAUGGUUCAAAGGUGGUAUUUUUUAGCACGCUAAGCCUCCAGGGGGUUUAGUGGAGUACUCUGGGAUAGGCUCAUGCACGAUCCUGUGGAAGAAGCGGUCCAAAAGAAGAAUGGAUGGAUGGAUGGAUCUAUCUAUAAUUAGAGGUUGUUUCUUUAAGUGAUUGUUGUUAAGCUAACUGACGAUUAUCUAGUUACUACUAUUAGCAUGUUAAAACAAUUCUAGCAUUUGGGAUACAGCCAUCGAACGGUUGGUGUGAUUAAACAACUUCGCAGUUUAGAGUAGGCAAAGCUAAUUAUGAAGGGCUAGUGAUUCCCUUUAGGCUUAAUCUUCCCCAAAUAUUCAAAGCUUUAUCCGAAUAAUUCGAUCAUAUAUCUUUAAUAAAAGUCCUCCUACUCUAAAAUAACUUUUUUUUGCGUCCCACCUGUUGAAUGCUGACGUGUAAAAGUGUGUGUAUAUGUUUGAGUUUCACGUGAAUGCACUUACACAAGCUACCAGGUUCCUGCUAGCAAACAGCUGCCUCAUGUCUUAGCCUUUCGCACCACGUUAUUUUGUUUUUCUGUAUGUUUUUUUUUUUCGGUUCGUUCCAUAUGUAUCUGUGAAUUGUACACCCUCAUUUCAUCGCAACCAACAUUUUGUAACAGCUUUGUUUUGUUCUAAGGUUACUGCAAUCAAUUUCUUAAAAAUCGUACGUACUGUAAAGUACCGAUGAAACGUUCAGAAGCGAAAUAAAGUCAUUUGAAUUUGA